AUAUUAUAAAAUGAGACAGAAAAGGCUUCACACCAAAGCAAAUGACAAAUUAUAAUAAGGCCACAAACUAAACCCUCCAUUGACAAGGACCACAGAUUCCCUUUUUAUAGACUUGAACGAAAACGAUGACCCGCAUUUCAGCACCAUGGACAGCAGCCUGAAUGCUCCAAGGAAACCUCCUCAGUAAGAAGUACAGUAUUUGAAGUAACACAUUUAGUUGGACAAUAGAUGCUUUCAGAUCCUUUAUUACUGUUUCCAGUUGUGGUUUGAAGACAGGCUAUACGAGGUAACAUCCUUUACGAGGCAUAUAAACAGAUAAGUUACUUCUUCGACUACUUUAAUCAUCUUUAUAUAAUAAAAAGAGUUUUUGUCUUUAAAAACAGAAUUAUACUUCAUGCAUUCAAGACUGGAUUUGGUAAUAUACGAAAGUGUACUGAAAGUGACCGAAAUAAUGUGCUACAAGUCGCCAUUGCUCCUUCCCUGAGAGUUAUGUCUAUUUAUACAAUACAAUACAAUAUUUGGAAGUUUUGAUGUUUAAAUGCAACAACUCGGUAGAAGAGUGAUGUUCUUGGAUGAACAAAGCGCCAGAGUUGCGUGCGUAAGGUGGCUCAUAAAAUGAAAAAGUAAUCCUGUGCGGGGCUUACACCCUCAGCAUUACCACCAUACAGCCAGCAUUUGCGGAAAUAAACGCCAUGCUGUAAUGCAGAGCAAGCGGGGACCUGCGCAAGAUCGUAAAUCAGGCCUGAAAUGUAACCUGGCAAAGUAAAGGUUUCAUCCAUUGCCAACAUGAAAUGAUGAUAUUGGAAAGCUUUCCCGGAGAGGUUGUGCGUCAUGCCACUCUCUAUUAGGUGCUAUUUUCGUCCUGCCCUGGAAGACAUUCAUCCACCAUCUACCUACCCUGACAGCACCCAAUAAACCCACCACUCCCAUUCAUCUCCACCCUCUCCCUCCCUCCCUCCCUCCCUCGGUCUUUCCCUCUCCCUCUCUCUCUCUUUCCGACAAGCAUUGGUGACUUAAAAAACAACAUAGGAGAUUUGCGUUUGGUCGUCCAAGAGGAUUACUUUGUGGUACCUUCACAUUCUUUCCAACAAAAAUCGUAAUUGACACUUUUGGAAAUCUUCUUUUGGAGGCCCUGCUCCUGUAAUCGAUUUAGACCUGUUCCUCCAACGGAAAGUUCUCUCCAUGAGAUUCCUGUCCUCCGCACGCAAUAGCACUUGAUCUCGGCGGGAGGAAGCGGACUAAAAGAAGAUGGCCAUCCACGCCGAGGGUCUCGUGGCUAUCGUGAUCUUCUACGCCCUGAUUCUGUUUGUGGGGAUCUGGGCCGCGUGGAAGAACAAGAACUCCGGUGUUGGCCAAGACCGGAGCGAGAGCAUCAUGGUCGGGGGAAGGGACAUCGGAUUGUUCGUUGGUGGAUUCACAAUGACCGCCACUUGGGUGGGUGGGGGCUACAUCAAUGGUACAGCAGAGUAUGUCUACCUGCCAGACUACGGCCUGGCUUGGGCACAGGCACCCUUUGGUUACGCUCUCAGCCUGGUAGUAGGUGGCCUUUUCUUUGCCAAGCCCAUGCGUUCACGUGGCUACGUCACCAUGCUGGAUCCCUUCCAGCAGCUGUAUGGAAAAAGGAUGGGCGGCCUGCUCUUCAUCCCCGCGCUCAUGGGGGAAAUCUUCUGGUCUGCCGCCAUUUUAUCUGCCCUGGGUGCCACUCUGAGUGUGAUCGUGGACAUAAACAUCAACAUGUCCGUGGUGAUCUCAGCCCUGAUAGCUAUCUUCUACACACUUGUUGGAGGACUCUACUCUGUCGCAUACACAGAUGUGGUUCAACUCUUCUGUAUCUUUUUGGGCUUGUGGAUCAGCGUGCCUUUUGCCAUGUCCAAUCCUGCCGUGUCAGACAUCAGUGUUUCAGCCAAGGAGGUAAUCUACCAGUCACCCUGGCUGGGGAAGAUUGACCCUGAAGAUAAAUGGCUCUGGGCGGACAACUUCUGCUUGCUGAUGUUGGGGGGGAUUCCCUGGCAGGUCUAUUUUCAACGGGUUCUUUCUGCCUCUUCAGCUACCUACGCCCAGGUCCUUUCCUUCCUCGCCGCCUUCGGCUGCUUGGUCAUGGCAGUCCCCUCUGUCCUCAUUGGAGCUAUAGGUGCAUCCACUGACUGGAACCAGACUACUUAUGGGUCCAUCCCACCGAAGGAUAAGGAUGAAUCAGACAUGAUCCUUCCCAUAGUGCUUCAGCACCUCUGCCCGCCCUACAUCUCCUUCUUUGGUCUGGGAGCGGUGUCGGCUGCGGUCAUGUCAUCAGCAGACUCAUCCAUUCUCUCAGCCAGCUCCAUGUUUGCCAGAAACAUCUAUCAGCUCGCCUUUCGACAGUCGGCCUCAGAUACUGAGAUUGUUUGGGUGAUGCGCCUCACCAUCUUUGUAUUUGGAGCUCUUGCCACUGCUAUGGCAUUGUUAACAGGAUCAGUGUAUGGCCUGUGGUACCUGAGCUCCGACUUGGUCUACGUCAUCAUCUUUCCCCAACUUCUCAGUGUGUUAUUCGUCAAGGGCACCAAUACCUAUGGCUCUGUGGCUGCCUAUAUCUUUGGUCUUUUGCUGCGCAUUGGUGGUGGGGAGCCCUACCUCAAACUUCCUCCAUUCAUCUACUACCCCGGUUGGGUGACCCAGGAGAAGAUCCACCACCUCACUGGGGAUGUAGAGCACUUUGUGCAGCAGAGGUUCCCAUUCAAGUCUGUGUCCAUGGUGGCAUCCUUCUUGGCAAAUGUGACCUUUUCUUACCUAGCAAAGUACCUAUUUGAAAGCGGUAUGUUGUCACACAAGUACGACUUCCUGGAUGCCGUGGUGUCCAAGCAUAGCAAAGAGAUCAUGGACAAAGCCACGCUGGUGAGCAACCAUGAUAACAUCAUUCUUUCAGAAAUGGCACCUGUCAAGCAGGCCCUGGGUGUGUCACUCGCUGGGACAUUCACCAACACUGAGGUCCUCAGUGAUGAUGGGGUGUCCAGUCCAGAGGCUUUUCACAAUGAAAACUAGUCAAUAAAGGCACAAAGAAAAUUAGAACCAAGGAAUUUGAAGAAGAAGGAAUAAUCAAAGAGGCAUCGACAUUCUUCAGGAAACUUGCCACUGCCGCACUGGAAGCCAAAUCAACAAAUCUGCUGUGGCUUCCGAGUGACUCCAUAAGUUUGUUUUAUGCUGAUGACAUGGUGCCUCCUGCUUUUUUUAAGAUCCCUUGCCUGGAACCAUGAAGGUGACUGUCAAUCAGCUGUGUCAAGCAUACCAUACUCAUUCUUUUUUUAUCAUGACUCUGUGAAUCUACUACCAGUACAACCAGUUUAAUUUAAGUGCUGCUACAGUGGUCGGAGGGACUUUCAGGGGAAAACAAUGAGAGACUGCAGUGGACAAAUAGUAUGUGUCGACGACAGGUUUGCUGUGGGUAAUGAGAAUCGUGCAAUAUCUAACCAAGGAACUGUAUCCACGUCUACAUAGCAGUGUGUGUGUGUGUGUGUGUGUGUGUGUGUGUGUGUGUGUGUGUGUGUGUGUGUGUGUUGAUGUACAUGCACAUGUGUACACCUGAGAACAAGUGAAUGCUCCAGAAACUUUUCAGAUUUUGAGUUUUAAGUUUGCGUAAGUAAAUGUAUUAAUAGAGCAAUAAUAUUUUCAUGAUCUAUGUUGAAUAGAUAUAUACAUUGUACUGAAUUUGCAAGUUACUGUCAUUGUUUUUUGCUUAUUUUAUGUUGUGUGUUCACCUUGCUCUUAAUCCUCCUGUCAUACUCGCUAAUUCCAGAGACAGUAAGUGUCGCAUUAAGAACCACAUACCACCAUAAUAUUACCAAACCCUUAAGUCACCUAACAAAAGGUUGAUAUUGGGUGAUUUUUCAAGACCCCAGAUUAAGUUCAGUCACAACAUUUUUAAUGUUCACUGCCAACAUUUUUUAAAUUAAAUAUUCCUACAAUAUCCCCGUAUUUCAACUACAAUAUAGAGGUAUAAUCAAGAUCCACCCGAUGAAUGUAAGUCCAAUAUUAACUCUCAUUUUAGCUCUGUUUUGUUCUUCACCAAUCCUGAGGAAACUAUCUGGUUCUUUAUCGGCUAAAUAUUCUGCUAUGUUCACAUUAACAUGUCUGUCAGCUGUUUGGUGCUAGAGUACAUUCCGUUUUUUUAGCUUUUUUGCAAAGAACAUUUGACUUUAGAAACAAUGCUAUGAGAGUGAACCAAAACAGUAAAGUUGUGGGCUGGAAAACCAAAACUAGAGCUGAAAGACGCUAAAACACUCGACGACUGCAGAGUCGGGUGAUCAUUUUCUGUCAUUUGAUAGUCAUUAGUCGUUUGAUCCAAUUUUUAAAUAAAAAUACUGAUUAGAUCAGCUUUAAGGAAAGAUAAUGGUCAUGGUUAAAGACAAAAAGUUAUUAUUAACUGUUAUCAUUAACUGUUCGUCAAAGUCAAACACAUUUAACAUCCUCCACUACCUUGAACUCCACAGUUUUGGCACUGAACGUUUGUACUGGAUGUAAAAUGUGUACUGCAGAAUCAUCAUGUAUGACUGUAUUUCCAUAGGACCCUCGGCUUUCAUUACCUAGAUCUUUACCUAAUGUUUUUCCAGGCAGCCAUUGGCUUCCAUUAAUUUCCAUACAUUAUGAAAAUCAAUUUGUAAUCUUUGUUUUUGUCAAACUUAUGAUUGUGUAGUAUAAUUAAUGUGCAUUUACAACUGCAUUAUGACAUAACACUGACAACAAUAAAAGCACAUAUGAUUUUACAGGUUUAUGUUCAUAUAAAAAUGAAUGGAACCCAAAGGCAGCCUGGAAAGUUUGAAAAUUCAGAAAUCUACAGAAACACUACAGUAAGCUUUGGAAAUGAUUGGCAUUAAUGUUCAGUAUACUGUACUUCAUUAAUAGAAUUUUAAAGGACCGAUAUGGUCACACAUAUCCUAUAUGUGUGUAUGUGUGUGCGUAUGCCUAUGAUGAUUUGUUUGCUCAUCCUAAACCUGUAUUGACUGGCCAGCCACAGUAGGUUAGCGGAGACAGGAAAUGAUUGUUGCUCCCAGGAUGGUGUCAGUAGCACCAGCCAUUAUUGAUCCAAUGCCCAGUCAGGACAUUUGAUUAAUGCUGCAAAGAGGUUUGAAACCACGGUUUAUAAGAUUUUGUUUUACAGUCUGUUAUAUUCAGUGAUGAAAGUUGAAAUGUUGUUACUGACCCUCAUAAAUAAAUUCCCCAAAGUCAGUCCUUACAUUUCCCCAGGUCUGGCUGUUUCAAACUAUCAGGCACACUGCUGCUCUGUAUAAGGAGAAUCAAGUAAAGGAGUUGUCACUUUAUACAGUGAGAACUGUUGUGGUUUGUUGGUGUCUUUUUGAAUCUAUGGACUCGCCUUAAUUCAAAGGUCAGUCAUGGUCUGCCUUGCAAAAAGUGGCCAUUUUUAUAGAAAUAAUUUAUUUAAGUAAAAGGCUAGCGAUAUUCUGUAUUUUAUUUAUUAUCGAAAUUUAAGACCAAAACCAACAAUGUGUGAGUCUGUUUCUCAGUAUUCUCUGACUUCCCUAAGCCAUCUAUGGCACUCAGUCGCAAGCCCAUUGAUUCCUGCUGAAUAUGUAAGUCUUUAAAAAGGGGUCAAAAAUAUAAAGUGUCUUUUUUUUUAAAGGCAGAGCAAUUUCCUAACAGAGCUGGGCACUGUAGUUUCUAGAAAAUGUUACUCAAACAGGAGUAAAUGGUGCAUUUGUUGGAGACUAUUUUCACAUGCACAUUAGAUGUUGUAUUAAGUAUUUACGGCAGCAGGACAGUGUAUUGUGGAACUGAAUCAAAUUAAAGUACAGUGCCCAUGUUUAUCUUAAUGAAGGAAUAUGUCGUCCAGUAAAAAGUUUUGGCUCACUGAUGUGUUUUUUGGACAACAAUGGAGCUCUAUGGCACAGAGGAACAAGCUACAUCAGGCUUUGGCUACACAGUCAAUACUUGUUAGUAGGAUCAAUUCUUGUUGAUUUUGGUCUUUUCAAGGGAUUUGGUAACAAUAAGAAAAUUCUAGUAUAACACCAGCCUUAUCCUUUAAGGUGGCAAGAUGGCCUUGUAGUUAGUCUUUAGAGUGAAGACGACUUGAUCCCCGUGUGCAGCCAUAUCUGCUGAGGUAGAGUGAGACACACAAAAUCCCAACUUGACGCUAUCCCAUCUCUAAAACAUAGAUUACAGUUUAUUAUUUAUGAUUUGCUACCAAGAUGGAAUCAGCUUCAAAGUGAAUGGGGUGACUGCUGGUCUGAUGCUAUGCAAAGUGUCAGGCAAUCUCGUUGGACUCAAAUGUGAAUGUAAACUUUCCUCCUCAUCAGAUAAGCCUCAUAAUAAGUGUGUCGUAGCUUAGGUUCAUUCACAAACCUGAAUACACACAGAAAAUAAUCAAUGUCAGCUGUUGAACUGUCACAUUUGUGGCUAUAUGUCGUAAAUUGCAAUUCUGCUGUAUUUUUGUGUGAUAAAUGUAUAUACCAAAAAAUUAUAGGAACAAAUUCAAGUCUACUUUUAAAUGCAGCACUGAAAAUGAUGUUUGUUGACAGUGAAAUUACAGCUAUUUAUUUAUUCAUGCAGUGUCUAUAAAAGUAUAGUUGUAAACAUAUGUGAGGUCAGUUGAAUAAAUUAUAUUAUUUAGCACAA